CAUAGCCUAGAGUGUCUUGGCGAGUGGAACAGAGGAGACGACGCUGCCAAAUUCUCAGAAAUUCAUCAAUGGCUCCGAAGAAACCAAGAGUUAGCCGAAACCCCGAUCUCAUUCGAGGGGUUGGCAAAUACUCGAGGUCCAAGAUGUACCACAAGCGAGGUCUCUGGGCAAUCAAGGCCAAAAAUGGAGGUGUCUUCCCUCGCCACGAUGCCAAACCUAAGCCCGACGCCCCAGCUGAGAAGCCGCCGAAAUUUUACCCUGCCGACGAUGUCAAGAAACCCCUUGUCAACAAGCGCAAGGCUAAGCCCACUAAACUUAGGUCUAGCAUUACUCCUGGAACUGUGCUUAUCAUUCUUACUGGAAGGUUCAAGGGAAAGAGAGUUGUGUUCUUGAAGCAACUUCCAUCUGGGUUGCUUCUAGUGACGGGUCCAUUCAAGGUCAAUGGUGUACCUUUGAGGCGUGUGAAUCAGUCAUACGUGAUUGCGACCUCCACCAAGGUGGAUGUUGCAGGAGUUAAUGUGGAGAAGUUUGAUGACAAAUAUUUCUCCAAGGAAGUUCAGAAGAAGAAAAAGAAGGGAGAAGGAGAAUUUUUCGAGGAAGAGAAGGAGGAAAAAAGUGCACUUCCACAAGACAAAAAAGAUGAUCAGAAGGCCGUGGACUCAGCUCUCCUAAAGUCCAUUGAGGCCGUCUCAGAGUUGAAGACCUACUUAGCUGCAAGGUUCUCUCUAAAGGCAGGCAUGAAGCCGCACGAACUUGUUUUCUAGAUAUUUUCUUCUUUGGUGCUGAUACUUUUCUCGUGGAAUUUGAUCCCUACAAUCUUCUUGUUCUUUUUUUGUUACAAGGAUUCUAGAUUUGAAAUUAUGUGUCCGAAUGAAUUUUCCAGUGAACAUUCAUCAAAUUUUGCGUUAUGUAGCUUCCUUUGACUACUGAUAGUGAGAAGAUAUGUACUUCUUCUUCAAUUGUAUCAUUGUCUUCUAGCUGAUGAAAUACAUGAGAGAAUCAUUUGAAAAGAAGCCAUGGUGCAUAGCCAUAUUUGAUUAA